AUGAGGACAUACAAUUUGGCGCUGGGCAUGAUGGCCCUGGCUCCCCUUGCACUUGCACAGUUUCCACCUCAACCAUCCGGAUUAACGACUACUGUCUCCAAGGUCAAUAAACAAGUCAACAUCACCUGGAAGCAAGCGCAAAUAUGUGAAACAAAUCCUGGCGUUAAAUCCUACAGUGGCUAUGUCAAUCUUCCUGGAAGUGUACUGAACGACACAGGAGGCUACGACAUCCACACUUAUUUCAUGUAUUUCGAAGCACGACACGACCCUGGUACAGCUCCGCUUGUGAUAUAUCUGGCCGGCGGACCCGGGGAGGCCUCAUCCUAUGCGGCGCUCGCGAGCGAAAGCGGGCCCUGCUAUGUUAACUUCAACGGCACCGAGACAAUCGAGAAUCCGUGGUCUUUCAACAACAAUGCCAACGUGCUCUACAUAGAUCAACCAACUAAAGCGGGUCUCUCAUACAGCUACCUGGUGAAUGGCACAUAUGACCUCGCAAGCGAAUGGAUCACGCCCUUGGAUAUCAAUCCCGACGACUUGCCCGAUCUGAAUUCUACCACACAACUCGGAACCUUCGCGGACCAGGGCCCAUACACCUCGGCAAACACAACUGUCAUGGCCGGGAAAGUCUUGUGGCAUUUUUACGAGCACUGGAUCUCCUCAUUCCCAGAAUAUAGGACAUCCUCGAACAAGAUCUCCUUCUGGGGCAACUCUUACGGCGGAUUCUGGAUCCCCGAGACCUCGGCCUCCUUUAUCAAGCACGCCAAGAACCUCACGCACUCGCAUCCUCUGAUGAAGAAGAACCUUACAGUCGAUGCCAUCGGGAUCACGAAUGGCUGUAUGGAUUUCGAAUACGCCAUUCAAGGCUUUCCCGACUUCGCCUACAACAACACUUAUAGUGCGCCCUUCUAUGGCAACCAAACAUACCAAGAAAUCACACACAACAUUACCAAGCCUGGCGGAUGUCUAGAUCUGAUGAAAAAUUGCCGUGCAGAAGGCCUGACGGGAGAUCCGGAAUUUAAGGGCAACAAUGACACAGUCAACGAGAUCUGCGAAGACGCUUUUCUUUACUGUUUCCAGUACGUUAUCGGGCAGCCUGUGGAGCAAAAUCACAGUGUAUCUGCUUUUGACGUAGCAAUCGAGGCGCCUGAUGCUUGCCCCUACGAUUUCCCGGUGGGCGAGUUCCUGAAUACCCUUCACGUACAGUCAGAUCUAGGUCUCCCUCUGAACUGGACGUGGGACUCUCAAGUCGUAACAACAAUCUUUGGUUUCAACUUCAAUGCCCCUCAAAACGGGACGGGAGACGCCUUCCGCCAAGCAGGCAUGCCCAAUCUUGAAUAUUUGCUGCAGAAUGGUGUUAAGAUGGCCUUCCUGUACGGGGACCGCGAUUAUCGAUGUCCUUGGACUGGCGCCGAAGCCACUGCCAAGGCCGCCAAAUGGGAGAACCAGAAAGGCUUCAAUGCUGCAGGAUAUCAAGAACUGCAAGGUCUCAGCAAAGAUACCCACGGAGGAGUCGUCAAGCAAUACGGCCAACUCUCAUUCACCAGAGUGUUUGAUUCUGGCCAUUCAUUGUCAGCAUACGCACCAGAGACUGUCUUUAGGGUGUUCAACCGUACGAUGUACGGGAAAGACGUUGCCACUGGUAGCACCGUUAUCGGCCCUGAUUACCACACCACUGGACCGACAGACAGCUGGGGAUGGAGGAACAAGAUGCCCAAAGUCUUUCAGAACACUUGCAUUGUUGAAGGUAAAUUCAGGCCUUCGAAUCCUUGGCCAAUAACUGCCGUCUAA